CUGGCCUGCUGUGCCCGCUGCAGAGAUUAAAGACCUGGAUCCCACUGCUUCUGCCGUGUGAUCGCAUCCUCUCACGCGGCGUGGAGCACAAGAAACCGCCGACAAGCAAUAGGCUGGCGCACCUGAUGCGCCUCAAACCACCGCCUUCAUGACAGAAUCAUACGAUCCCGAUGAAAUGCCCGGUUCUCCCGGGCUGAAAGUCACCCGGGUCGAUUACUCACUCAAGGAUUCGCCUCCGCCGUUCGGGAAACCGCCGCCUGAGGGAGACGAUCCUAAACAUGCUGUAGACGACGUGGCGCCGUUUUCGGGCAGUUCCCGUAAGCGCCUGCCGGAAUCUCCCAAGCCCAGAACACUCGAGGGCAACUCGGUGCUGAUCAGACAUCUAGAGCCUAAUCGACCUGAUAUAGCCAACUUCGAAUAUACUCAGGGCUUCUCCCAUGAGGCAGACUCGGAGGAAUCCCAUGAUAAGAUUACUAAACUCAAGUCUAAGUUCGAGAAUGCUUUGCCGCCGGAUCAAUUCAAAUCUACGGACUCAGACAACUUAAAAGCUGUGGAUGCAGCCAAACAAGCGCUCGAUCUGUUCAAGGAGGAUCCCAGGGAGAACGUCCAGUUUGGAUCAACGCCAAAAGAGCCCAACCAGUCUCCAGAGCAACCUUCUCCUAAACAAGAACAGCAGCAUACGCCUGCCAAUAUCUCGUCAUUACUGUCGGAUCCUCCUCCACCCCAGAGGAAGCAUAUUGAGCAACAUGAUUCUGACACCCGCCUAAAAAAUCUGCUGUUCUUCAAUCCUGCGACAUCUCCAGGCCAGGUUCUGCCGGCGCUUCACUCGACAUUGACGGGCAAUGCUGUGGACCAUAGUCUUCCUUCUCUUCAAACUGCACUAGCAGCAGUCUCAGAUGUACCGCCGAAUCCUGCCGUACGCAUCAAUAGCUCAACUUCGUACACUUUGCCUCCAGUACAAGCUUCGUCUCCAGUUUCGAGGGCGGACACCCUUUGGGAUCACCAGCGGAUGGGACAAUUUGGACCCCCCCCUCAAGUGCCGCCCAGCCCAUAUUCACAUCUGUCUCCUGCAAGCUCAAAGGAAUUGUCAACCAUGCCAUCUCCUGCUUCACAAUCACCGUACUGGAGAGUAAAAGAGAUACCUUAUCUGGCUUCCCCAUAUGAAGUGGCGCCCUCCACGGUCAAAAGCCCGGCGACAAGCUAUCCUACUCCUACGGAUCAGACGCCCACAGGAACCUGCGAUCGACAGUUUAACCCUCCUGCGCACACUAACGGACCUGUAACAGCUGGAACCUAUAAAUGUCGUCAUCCUGGAUGCACGGCACCUCCAUUCCAGACUCAAUAUCUACUCAAUUCUCACGCGAACGUCCACUCCCAAGACCGUCCUCAUUUUUGCCCCAUAGAAGGCUGUCCUCGUGGGCCAGGCGGCAAGGGCUUCAAGAGAAAGAACGAGAUGAUCCGACAUGGCCUUGUCCAUAACUCUCCCGGUUACGUCUGCCCUUUCUGUCCCGAUCAGCAACAUAAGUAUCCUCGACCGGAUAACCUUCAACGGCAUGUCCGAGUCCAUCAUGUUGAUAAGAAUAAGGAUGACCCGGCCCUCAGGCAGGUCCUGGCUCAGAGGCCGGAAGGAAGCAACCGCGGUCGGCGCCGCCGCACCAACCCCCAAUGAGCGUUCCUCUUCAUGAUUAUUAUGAAGGACUCCCCACAUAAGUGCAGGUUU